AAUUUGAUUGAAAUCUGAGAAGAUUUGAUAAUUUCGUGAUAAGUUUGAAUACGUUUGUCUUUUAGAUAUAAUUACUAUAAAGUAUAAAAGUGCUUUAAGUUUUUCAUAAUCAUGCAGUACUCACACUGCAUUUAUAUAAUGGCAAUCUUAUAACCAGCAGUUAUAGGAAUAUUUUUUAAACUCUAUAGUUGAUGGACUUUAUUUAUUUACAUACGAUGUGGAUAUUAAUAAUAUUAACAUUUAUAUCUUCAGUGGCUUAUUUCAUAACUGAUGAACUCAUACCAAAAUUAAAAGAGUUAUUCAUUAAAGCUGGCCUUUAUGGCAUUGAUUUGUGUAAGACUUCAAAGGAUAAAGUACCAGAAGCUCUUGGAGUUGUUUCAGGAUGUACAUUCCUAGUCACAAGUUUCCUAUUUAUACCAAUAGUUUUUGGUAAUAACUUAAUGGAUGUGAAAAGUUUUCCACAUAGUGAGUUUGCAGAGCUACUAGCAGCAUUGCUGUCUAUAUGCUGUAUGCUAUUGCUGGGAUUUGCUGAUGAUGUUUUGGAUUUACGAUGGAGAUAUAAACUUUUGUUACCAACAAUAGCAUCACUACCUUUGCUUGUUGUGUAUUAUGUGAACUUCAAUUCAACUACAAUCAUUGUUCCCAUUCCGUUACGACAGAUACUGGGCACUACAAUCAAUAUUGGAUUUGUAUAUUACAUAUACAUGGGCAUGUUGGCAGUGUUUUGCACGAAUGCAAUAAACAUUUUAGCUGGAAUAAAUGGUCUUGAAGUGGGGCAGUCAGUUAUAAUAGCUUCAUCCGUUAUAAUAUUUAAUAUAUUAGAACUAGGAGGUGACCAGAGUAAAGCUCAUACCUUCUCCCUCUAUGUAAUGAUACCCUACUUAUUUACAACAUUACCUUUGUUGAAACAUAAUUGGUAUCCUUCAAAGGUGUUUGUUGGUGACACAUUCUGUUACGUAUCUGGAAUGACUUUUGCUGUAGUCGCUAUACUGGGCCAUUUUAGUAAAACAGUUUUACUAUUUUUCAUACCUCAAAUAUUUAAUUUUAUAUAUUCUGUUCCACAAUUAUUUCACAUCAUUCCAUGCCCUAGACAUCGAUUGCCGAAGUAUUGUGCCGAAACAGAUUUAUUACAAACAAGUGUAACUGUUUUAAGUAAAAAAGAUCAAGAUAAUUUGUUAACUAAAUUUGUGUUAAAGGUUUUUAAGCUGUUAGCUAUAGUAAAUAUUAAUGAAAAUAAUGAAUGCAUUUAUAUGAACAAUUUAACAAUAAUAAAUUUAUUUUUGGUUAAGUUGGGACCUACUUCUGAAGUAAGUCUUACGAAAAGAUUAUUAUGUUUACAAAUAAUUUGUUCCUGUUUUGCAUUUUUAAUAAGAUAUCCAUUGGCAUCAUAUUUUUAUAAUAUUAGCUUGUAAAAAAGAUACAACAAGCCUACAAUUAUUGGCUGUAAAUAUAUUUAUACCAAAGUGCACAUAUUAUGUUAUAUUAUUAAGAAAUGUUUUGUAAAUGUAUUUAUAAAAAUAUUGUGUGGGUACCUACACAAUAUUUACGUUUUUUCGUGCAUAAGAAACCAAAUUAAGACACUUUUGCCUAUAAAAUAAAAUACGAUAUUUUAACUGAAA